AUGGUUAAAAGACGGAGUGUCGGCAAUGUUCUGGACAGUCCGUCUAGGCAGCUUAUUGUCGACCUGACAAAGGAUCUUGAGGCGAUACGGCUGCAUCAUGAGGAUCUCAAAAGGGUUUACGAUUACCGUACGGAGUCCUUUACCGCAGAGCAAGAUGAGAUCGACCGCACCCAUCAAGAAGUUUACUAUGCCGCCAUAGACAAGGCCUACGAUUACUACGACAAGCACCGUCGAGAGGCUGAGGUCGUUCUCAAAGAGCACCUACGAGAGGAAGAAGAAAAGCGGCGUCGAAGAGAGGAAGAGGAACGACGUCGCAAGGAAGAAAGAGAGCGUCUUGAGCGCGAGAGGAAAGAACGCGAAGAGGCAGAGAAGAGACGUCAAGAAGAAGCUCGUCGAGAAGCAGAGAGGCUUGCCCAAGAGGAGCAGCACCGUCGCUUGGCAGCAGAGGCGGAGGCUAAAGCACGAAAGGCGGCUGAAGAAGAAAAGGCUCGUCGAGAACGUGAAGAAGCCGAGGAGAAAGAACGCCAGCGCCAGGCUGAGUUGCAGAAAGCCAAGGAAGCCGAGAAGCGGCGGCAAACUUUGGGAGUUCAGGUCAACACUGAACAAGAGGUUAAAGAACAUGAGCGGUAUCUGGAACUACACAAAUAUCUCAAGCAGCUGCGAAAAUAUGUUUUGGACGAAGCAAAGAAGGAUCAAGCUCUUAAGAACACAAUAGGAGACUAUCGACGUGGCAUUACGAAAUGUAUUGGGCAACUAAGAGAGGGUCAAGGUGCUAAUGCGAACAAAGGUCAAAUGACUGAGAUACGGGAAAUCCUGCGUAAAUCACAGACUAUACCUCUACCUUGUGAUGCCCGCCGCUUCUUUAUUCAUGUGCCCGAGCAAUUCGCCAGCCUGUCUGAAGAAGAGGCAAAGGUGUCGGCGGUCUUUAUAUAUUUGCUCAACAUAUUUACCAAGGCCGUUGUCUCCCAGCUCAUCAAUGAAGCUGGUGUCAAGCUCGAGUAUGCAGAGCCAGUGGGCAUUGUGGUUGCUCAGAUAUUCUCUACCGAGCAAUACUCUUUUCAGGGACAUGCAUUCUCCGAUAUAUUCUGGGCAAAAUAUCGAGCGUCCUGCCCGGCUUUAUGGGGGUUUUAUGGCAAAGACAACACAGAAGCUGGUAGAUUAGCCCUUGGAUGGAAACGAGUUGAUCCCGGUGGCCCAUUCGUUGAUGAAUCCGAUCACCAACAGCGUAUGAUAGGAUUGGGAUGCGGUUUUGCAGCCAUUACGCUGCGCAAUUUCGGGAAAACCACCCGUAAAAAUCCAUUUCCUAAUCACAACUUCUGGAGAGCAAUUUGCAAGAUUGUUUUCAUUCCCCCUGACGAGCUUCAAGACACACACUUCUAUAUCCUUUACGCCAUGUUACGAUUUGCAGCCGAACGAGUGGUUGGCUUCUGGGGCCAGGCUGGACUAGCGCUACUGAGAACGGUCAUUGUCGAUGUUCCAGGUCGAGUAACGAGGAAACAUAGUGGUGCGAUCGGCCAGCUCAAAGUCCUGAGGGGGCUUUAUGCUACUGAAAAAAGCAUCAUUCUCUAA